AGUUCAACGAUUUCUUGCAAACGGUACAACACACAAUAACCUCAAGUGUCGUUUUUAUACAUUUACGUCUAAAACUUACAACUACUUUUGGUAUCCUUAUUUUCGGAUUCGUCCUAUAAUCAAUUUAUAUUUGAGUUUAACACACCACCGAUUUUAUUUAAACAAAAUGAAGUACGUUAUUGCAUUUGCACUCCUGAUUGCUGCUGCUCAAGCAAUUCCAAUUGAAUUGGGUCAUUACCAUGCACCAGUACUCGCACAUGCUCCAGUAUUAGCACAUGCUGUGCAUGCUGAACCUGUGGCAUAUCCUAAAUAUUCAUUCAACUAUGGCAUCAAAGACCCACAUACCGGUGACAUUAAAUCACAAGCAGAAGAACGUGACGGUGAUGUUGUUAAGGGACAAUACUCACUUGUCGAACCCGAUGGUUCAGUGCGUACCGUAGACUAUACAGCCGAUGAUCAUAAUGGCUUCAAUGCUGUCGUACACAAAACAGCUGCCAAAAUAGUUGCACCAGUUGUGGCUCAUGCACCAUUAUUGCACCAUGCACCAGCACAAUUAUUGCACCACUAUUAAAUUAAAAGACAUACCAGAAAUUUUAAAGACUAGCAAGUAGGCAGCAAGGAAGUUUUUAGACAGGAUAUGAUAUGAUGUACACCCGUUAAAGGCUGGAAACGAAUUGAAUUGAUUUGAAUGGAA